CCUAGUUGGUGGGGUCGCACCAUUCAUCAGCAAAAGAAGCUCGUGGAAACGCAACCAACUAGGGCCCCGCAAAUGUGAUUAAAUCCGAGCUAGUAGUACUGGGAUUGCCUCCCUGCUUUUCGCAUGAUGACAGUGUUAGCUCUGGCCGCACUCGAGACUUCCAAUUGUCACGCAUCGGAUAGCUUUUGCUCCUUUUCUUCGUCUUUGUGGCUAGCACUCUUCUCUUUGAGCUUCAACUGUGCCUACGGGUUGAAUUAUAUCUCGCGAACUGCCUACUACCUUCCGAAAUCAUCAUCUACCUGCAGCGCCAUUUAGCCUCGCCCAGUCGUCUGGUCCCGGUAGCUUUUGCGCGCAUCUUAUCCCAACCCAAGCUCCCAAACUUUGCUCUCCCAAUUAUCCUGGGUUGCGCUAUCUUGAACGACGUCGAUAGAAUCCUCCACCAGCAACGGAAAAGAUGGGCACCUUUACAUUCAAAUGGCCCCAUGCUGCCGAGGAAGUCUAUGUGACGGGCACUUUCGAUGACUGGUCUAAGAGCGAGAAGCUGGCCAAGGUCGGGGAUGCUUUUGAGAAGACGGUCACACUUCCUGAAGUCUCCGAGCCGAUCCUCUACAAGUUCGUUGUCGACGGCAAUUGGACUACAGACCACACUGCCCCGCAAACAAAGGACGCCUCUGGCAACGAUAACAACCUCCUGAAGCCCGAGGACAUCUCCAAGGAGACCGUACCCGCUGCCGCAGUCAUGAACACUGUCUCGCCAGAGUCCACCACCGCCGCGUUGGCCAAGGAUGUUCCCUUUGAGAAGAAGGAGGAUCUACUUCCAGGAACAUUCCCGGUGACGCCCGCUGCUGCGUCUGAACAAGAAAAGGAAUUCAAAGUCGACCCGCUGCCGGCGACCGAGGGGGCUAUCAACCCAAUCAAACUCGCUCCCGGUGAGAAGAUACCCGACGCCCUGAAAUCCAACGGCACCUACGAUCAAGUUACCCUGGACAAGGAGUCGUACGAAAAGAGCGAUCGAAUUCCUGGCCUUGAGACCGAGCUACUACCUCCUGUUUCCGGCGCCAUGAUCCCCGAGUCGAGCUUGCCUCUCGUUGCUAGCUGGUCCGGCAUCAACAGUGCUGCUCCUGACUCGUCGACCGCUGCUUUGGCUGCCGCCGUUCCCCUCGAGGAGCCCAAGGUGCCUGACGUUGUCAAGGAGAGCCAGGAGAAGGCAAAUGUUGCUCCAGAGGCCAGUGGUAUAAGCAAGGAGGUUGCCCAGAAGGCCGAGCUCGAGGACGAGCUUGCUGAGAAGGUGCCGGAGGCGCCGUCGACCUCGGAAGGCACGGCUGGAAAGGGCACCGAGAAGUCCGAGACCGACAAGACCAUCGGUGAGACCGUCGCUGCUGCCGCUGUCGCCACUGCUGCUGCUGCCGGUAUUGCGGCCGUUUCCACCGCCACCACGGCCAAGGACGCCCUUGCCGAGAAAGCCUCGGGUGCGACAACUCAGGCGACCGCUACCGCGACUGACGCUGCUGCCAACCUUCCGGAUUCAGUCAAGCAUGCCCUUCCAAUCUCAGUUCAAGAGGCCAUUCCUCAUACCACCAAGGAGGAUGUGCGGGAGGAGGUAUCGCCUGAGGUCCCUGCUGAAGUCAAGGAGUCGAUCACCGAGGCCGAGAGGAGCCCCGAGGCGGCCGCAAAUACGGAGGCUGUGGGGGAGAAAAAGGACGUCGAGACCGAGCUUCUGAAGGAGGUCAAGCGCGAGGAGGCGCCGAAGCAGGCCGCGACCGAAGAACCAGUUACGGUGGUACACGUCCCCAAGACGGACGAGUCCGCUGCAGGGACAACUGCCAAAGCUGAGGGAAGCACGAUUGAAGAGGCCCUGCGCAAUGGCCCUCCGCCUGAAACCACCCAGCCUGCGGUCACCGCACCUGCUGUCGUCACCGAGUCCGGGAUCAUCCAACCGGAGGUGAACGGUGCCAAGAGCGCAGCGGCCACGGCUCCAGAGACUCCAGUCAAGGCAGCUGCGGCCGCCCCCGCCAACACCACUGCCGGCAGCAGCAGGCCCGCCGAUAGCCCAGCCACGGCGGAGAGGAAGAAGAAGAACAGGCUAAGCUCCAUCUUCAGCAAGAUCAAGCACAAGGAAGGUCGAUUUAUCUAUCCCUCGCUUCGCAUCUUCGUCAAAUCUUGUUACUUUAGAGCCGGCCGCAAUAUAAUUCUCAUCUCUUUCUCAGGUCGACUCGCUGGUCAUAUUUCUACAUAUGGGACGGCGAUCAUGAGCUCGACAUCCUCGAACCUGGGCAAGUCCCUCUCAAUCUCAUCAACGUCGAACCACUCCCCUGGCCCAAGCCAGUCCGGUGCCUCUCCCAGCUUCGAAUCUACCCGCCGUCCCAACCAAGUGAGCCCGUCACUUUCACACCCGUCUCCCCGAAAGGGUCAGGGAUUGAAAAAGCAGCACCGCAACCAACGAAAACCCGUCCCUCGCAACCCGAACGUCGACGAGGAGGACGCAAUGGCGGAGCUCCGGGCUGUCCGGAACGCCUCCAGCCGCCGCGGCCAGAUGUCCAUCACCCACCUCCUCAACUACGCGGUGCCCCACCGCCCCUACAACGACGGCCGCCACCACCCGCACCCGCACGGUGCCCACUCGCGGUCGUACCGGCGUAACCCGGUCUGGGGCCCGGGUUCGGGCCACCACGCCGCCGACAAGGCGCGCUACGUCCACGCCAACUACCGCUUCGUGGUUUCCCCGGCGGGGAGCUACGGUGCCCACGCGGUCGACGCGGACAAGCACCUCGACUGGGUCGACGUGCUGCAGAUCCUGGCCAGCGCCGAGUCCCAGCAGGCCUCGUGCCCCAUCUGCCUGUCGGAGCCCGUCGCCCCCAGGAUGGCCAAGUGCGGGCACAUCUUCUGCCUGCCGUGCCUGUUACGGUAUAUGGAUUCGAGUCCUGUCGGCGACGACCGCCCGGGGGGGGCGGGGGGCCAUCAGGUCAAGCAGACCAGGUGGAGGAAAUGUCCCAUCUGCGAGGACAGCAUCUACGUCUCCGAAGUGCGGCCGGUGAGGUUCUACGCCGGCCAAGAGAGCCCCCUGCCUCGACCGGGGGACGACGUCGUCUUGAGGCUGAUGAUGCGGAACGCCAACAGCACCCUCGCACUGCCGAGGGAGGGGGGCGCCGAGGUGCUUAGCUCCGACGAGGAUGUGCCCUGGCACUUUGCGGCGGACGUGCUGGAUUACGCGAGGAUCAUGAAGGGCACGGCUGGGUACAUGGACGAGCAGUUCGACCGGGAGAUUGAGGAGAUGCACAGACAAGAGAAAGAGGAUGAGCUCCUGUUCCACGAGGACGGCGAGUGGACGCAGAAGGCAAUCAGGGCCAUCAACGCGGCAAAGGAGAAGAUCAAGGGUCUAGGCGACGCCGAGGUGGCCGCCUCCGCUGCGGCUGACGUGUCGAGCCAGUCGAGGCAUGUCGAGCAGGACUUUUACUUCUAUACCGCCCCGCCGCAUCUUUAUCUCUCACCUCUCGAUAUCCGGAUCCUGAAGACGAAGUAUGGCUCGUUCUCGGCCUUCCCGUCCACUCUGCUGCCCAGGGUCGAGCACAUCUCCACCGGGCACGUAGUCGAUGACGCGAUGCGCAGGCGGGCGAAAUACCUUGGCCACCUGCCCCAUGGAUGUCUCAUCAGCUUCCUCGAGUGCGACUGGACGGACAUUGUCCCGGCGGAGACGCUCGAGUCGUUCGCCGAGGAGAUCGAGCGCCGGCGCAAGCGCAACCACGACAAGGCGGCCCAGGAGGAGCGCGAGCGCCUCCAGGCCGAGCGUAUCGAGGCGGCGGCCAUCCGGGACGCCAGGCGCGCCAUGGGCGGCGGCGGGGGCGGCGCGGCGGACGAGGACGUCGUCGCGGUCCGGUUUGGCACCUCGCCGCCCGGGGACGCCCCCGUAGACUUCAGCGACUUCCAGCCCCUGGGCGGCGCCGAGUUGUCGCCGCCGAACCACAGGCCCGGGUUCUCGCAGCUCGCCGACGUCGGCACCAGCCCCCCGAACUCGCAGCACCGAACCGUGUGGGGCACGCCGGCGGUGGCGACGUCGCCCGAGCUGGGGCCGGUGCGGCCGCGGCGGCCGGCCGACGAUGGCUGGCUCAAGGAUGACGAGCUCCUGGGGACGCUCGGGACAGCCGAGCUGGCGAUGCAGAUGGAGGCGUUUGGGAUCGAGCCGGCUGAGAACAGUGGUGAUGGUGGUGCUGGUGGGAUCGAGAGCGCGGCUGGUGCCGCUAGCCGCAACGGGGCCGCGGGAGGAGGGGCCAAGAAGAAGAAGAAGCAGAAGAUCACGCUGAUGAGUACUGGUGGUCGACGAGGGAUUUGAGGUGUCAUUUGGUGACUUCUUCCGUCGAGACUCUAGAUGCUCCGGAGGUGUGUUAUGUAGAAGGGAUGGCUGGAAGAACACGCAGUCAUCGUCGCGGAGUUUGGACCUUGAAGAUGAAGGCUUCCUUACCCGGCGUUAAUUCGGUACUUCCAUGGGAGAGGAAGCUGGGAGCCUUGGUACUUUGACUCCAGAUUGCAAACUGAGUUUGCCCCAUUGCCAGGGAGACGUGACAAGCGAGGGGAGAGAGAGGUAAAGGGUCAGCUGUGGCGGCUGGGCGAUAUUAUCAUCUGUCAUUCGGAAUCCAGCCACUUGCUUGGAAUGAUCAAGAAAUUAUAACCAGCUCGAAAUGAGAAGUAUUAAGAAUUAUUUGAAUCAUAAGCUCACCGAUUUCCCUGCCUGCCCACAUCACCGGGAGACAGAGGUAGGAUGAAAGGGUGCAUUGUGAUCAAGACAAGAACUUUGAUUAGACUACCAACAUAUACC